AUGUCUCCAUCGUCCAUGUCGCUGCCGAUUCGCCAGCGUCCGACAACCAAUGGGGACAUUUCUGCGAUGAUGGACUUGUUGCAGUCGAAACUGACCGAAUCGCCAGCCGAGAUUGUUCUGACGAAAGACGAGGUUCGCCAAGUGGUGGAUCAACUCAAGAAUCAGGGCAAGAUCGCGGCAGAGCUGUCCCAGGUGAAGGAGGACCUCAAAGAGAUCCGUUUCUUUACAAGGUUUGUCAACCUGUCACUCGAUACCCUCUUCCCAGCAUCCACCCCUCCCUCCUCGCAAGUCUACAAUCGGAAGCUCGUUCCUGACACUUCACCAUCCAGAUACGGUGACUAUGCCAAGGAGAUCUGGACCGACAUGAAAGCUUCCAACAGAAAAGAAGACUAUGACGACAAUAUAAAGCUUCCACAAAGGCCCGCGACCGCAGUACACAGAUUGAGCAUGGGCGAUGGCGAGAGUCGAAGCAGUUUUCAUACUGCUUUCUCUCUUGCCGCCUCCAAUCUCAAGCCGUCUGUACAAUUUGAAACGGCAAGCGUCGCCGUGGAGGCCUAUGCUGCGCGGAACGUGGCUUGCCACGCGCCGAUAGAAGACUUGAGAGCUGCUAAAGACUUCAUUGCUCUUACCAACCUGGUAGAGCGUGACCUGGGCGAUCUCGUCGACUGUCUGCCGGAUAGCCAGUCCGCAAAGCUCAAGGAAUGGAAAUCAAUUCUUGGCUAUUUUCAAGCUAAAACUGCUCCCUUGUCUAAUGCAGAGUCCUCCGAGAGCGAAGAUGCAGACCCCAUGCAGAGUAGCUCGGACAAGAACAACUUGCACUCUUCAGAGGAGGCAAUCGUUCAACCAAAGGAGCCCUACAUCAAGCACGAAGCCCUGAUCAACAUGCCUCCUUCGACGGCAGAAUUCCUCUUCGAGCAAAGUCAUUUCGCCUCAUGGCCACAAUACCCAUCCCAGUCGAAAUCGAGCUUGCCAAAGGAUCGUCGACGGGGCCCGUCCGAUCCUUUCCCCGACGUGGCUGGUUCAAAGCGGAAAUGGUCCGAAGACAUUUCCUCGACACCAGCCUCGCCGACCAAGCGGCAGCGAGUUUCUCAGGACGGAGGGCAAAUGAGCCGAGCACCAGGAGAGAGGGAGUUUCAUUCGGCCGUGGACACGGUUAGAAUGCGACUCAUCAAGUUGAGGGAAGGCCCCUCGUUCAAUCUUCCCGCUGCGGUUCAAGUGGUUGGGAAGGUAGAUGAGGCCGCAAAACGGGUUAUCGAGGAGGAAUUGUCAGAGGCAGAGCGACGGGCGACUGCAGCUGGGCAUGAUGCGUAG